CUUGAUGAAAAAAUGGCAUGCUCAGCUGUGACUCACGUGAAAGAACAAGCCUUGCCAUAACGUACCUAUACUAGGAUGGAAUGGCUCUGUGCUUACCUUGCUGGUGCUCUGGGUUCUGAUUUGCUGGAACGGAAUUGUCAUCUUUUAAUUUAAGAAAUUAAGUGCAUCAUCAUGAUCGAUCACACAAGUACAAAUAAUUAUACAAGGCCGCCAUGAUAAUGUGUCAAAAAGUGUAUGGCAGUUUUCAAUACCGUAUAGCGAGCAGAGAUUCUCAUGGUUCAACAGUGAACUGUCCAGCUGUACAUUGACUAUACCUGGCCAACCUCAUCUCCGCUCAGACCUUCUAUCUCAAGAGCACACCUACCUCGUUCUUACAACAGCUAUGGAUACCAACUAUAACCCAGCUAGUGUGAGCUGUAACAUCCAUCAGGCUAUGGACACCAUUCUACAGUUAGUACCCACGGCUCCGUCAGUGCUCAUGCCACUCCUCACCAAGAACUAUCCCUUCAAAGGGAGGGGACCAGACAUUCAAGUGAGCUGCUACUGCAUUCUGAGAUACAAGGUCGUCAUUGUACGUACAGUCUCAGGAGUGGGAGGAAAUGCAAAUAGCAGAGCUGGAAGAUGACCACAGCUCUAUGCAUGGCCUCUUCUCUCCCCAACAGUCUGCCCAUGACUACCUCACUGGACUCAUCUACCUUACUCUGUAUCACCAUCAUAGACUGAGCACUUUUUACCCGAGGCGCGCGUAGGCAGCCACGGGUAUAGUAGUUAUAAAAAAUUAUUACAUAGGAUGAAAUCAUUUUCACUACUGUUCGAACAUCGACAGAAUCGAUUUGUAUGUAGGUAAAAAUUUGCUAUUUGACGAA